AGUACAAUUCACCCUCUCUCUCUCUCUCUCUCUCUGCUGCCGACGAGCAUAAAACCCCACACUCGCUGCGCGUCUCAGUGAUCACUUCCUCCUCCUCUCCAAGACUGCAAUAACUCGCAAGGACACGGCCCCUCCGUCUCUCUGUGCCAGAGCAGAGACACGUCGGUCCAUCCAUCCAUGGCGGCCACCGUCGGCAACGGCAAGGACAGGGAGGAGGCCGAGGUCCACCGGAACCAGAGGCAGGGGGGCAGGCUCCUCUCCAGGCUGCUCACCAGGGACAGCUCCGCCGCGGCGCCGUCCUUCCGGGUCUACUACGGCGUGUCCUCCGCCGGCGCGGUGCCGUUCCUGUGGGAGUCGCAGCCUGGCACGCCCAAGAACGCCGCCUCCGACACCGCCAUGCCGCCGCUCACGCCCCCGCCGUCCUACUACUCCGCCGCCGCCAAGAAGCACGCGCCGCGCAAGGGCAAGGCCGCCGGGGGCCGCAAGUUCAGGCCGUCCCGCAUCCUGGGCUCCAUCCUCAUGGCGACGCGCAGGCGGGGCCGGACGCCGCCGUCGGGGUCGCCCACCUCGUCCUUCUCCUCCGCGUCGACCUCCUCCUCCUCGGCCUCCUCGGCGUCGUCGUUCCGCCGCGCGGGCGGCGGCGGCGGCGGAAGCAGCAGCAGGCUGCACUCGACGUCGUUCUCGGACGACGAGGAGACGGCGGCGGCGGCGGCGUGCUUCAGGGUGCGGCACGAGAGCUUCCGGGCCCUCAGGGGCUGCCGCGUCGCCGUGACGGUGAGGAGCGCGCUGGCGUCCGUCGGUGGCGCCGCCGUGCAGAGGGUCUGAGCCCGACCGAACCCAAUCCACAGCGUGCAAGGACGUGCGUUGUUACCUGAUGUCGAGUGGAGCUUUACCCAAGUCGUGUGCUGGUUCUGAAUUCUGAUUGAGCUUCUGUAAUCCUACUACCAGCAGCAGUGUAUAUGGAGAAAAUAAUCAAUGAGCAUGGCUCUGCAUGAUGCAUGUUCAGAACUUCA